CAAAGUCGAUGCCGGCACUCAGUGAGCGGCUUCACAUAUGAUUCGUGGCCGCUGCAUGAGAUUAAUUGCUGAGCGAGCAUUUCAGCCACCAUUAUGACGAAAAGAAUUGCAAUAUCUUGCUCUAAAUCAAAAGCUGAUUUGACAACUGUUUCCUGACCAUCACCAAACAACACUGCUACUGAAUCUUCGAGCGCAAAGCAUGCUCCCCUGCCUGCAGUUAUCAAGCUAAAAGCAUAUCACAUGACCCGGCGCGGCCGACGGAGACUCAAGACGGAGCCCAAUGCCCCCGACGACAUCAAAAUACUUCUUUUAAUAGAGUUAAAAAAUCGCAAACGAUCGGAAAUAUUAAAAUACUUCUUCGCCGAAGAGACUGUCAGUCACCAUGAACGCGCCUCACCAAGAAGGCGAAUAUGCCAGAGGAAUCUCACGUCACUCAACAGCGCGAACGAAUGUUUCACAACGAGAGCACUCAUCACGAACCCAAUCUGGAAGAACAUGCACCGCAUCCAGAACGUCAUGACUCGUCGUCGCAGCAGAAAGAAAGUGAUCCGCUGUGCAGGUCUUUAGGGGCAUUGCCUCGGUCACCGCCCAACCCAACGAAGAGACCUACUGACUCACCCUCGCCAAGAGCGUAGAUGAGCACUCUGCUGAAUGCUUGAAUCCAGACCAGGAAUUUCAAAACGAGGACUAGAUAGACAGGCGGUGGAGGUGUCUUAAUUACGCCAUCGAUAGCACGAGGCCCAGGGGCAAUCAGCGUGACGGCAGAUAGGGUUUGGAGGUGGACGCUGCACCAGUUCUGACUCUUCGUCGAUCGACUGACUGGAAAUUGUGCUCUGCUCCUUCCAUCGCUGAUCGAAAGUUCACACUGUGCCUAGCUGGUAUCGAGAAGGCUGGCAGUGUUCGGACUCAGGGAUUGGGUCUGCAUGGAGGACAGUUCAUCCGUACGCGAUCUUGGUGAGGAGUAUCUUGUGCGCACACGUCUUCUGCGAAACCUUCUGGCAACCUUCUGUCUGCUGUAGAGGGCGGGUUACAGGGGAUUCUGCUCCAUCGGCCGAAAAUUAACCUUACGAUGGUGCUCUUCCCGGCAACCAUUACAAUGUCAGCUUCUCCGUUUUGCGGAAUUUACGCUUUUCUUCGUGCUUGAGUUUGGUUAAGAGAGAAGAGAACAGACGAGGUUGCAAGUCGUGAAGAUCUCAAUCAUACUGAAAGACGACCAUUCACAAACAAUCUUUAAUCCGUAGGUCUUGUUCUUCGUCAAAAUCGCCGCAAUUGAAUCAACAUCUGGUAGAGGUUGUAAAUGAAGGACUCGGGAAUUAGCAGCCCUGUACUCAGAGGUCCGCACAAGCUCUACUUAAAAUUUCUCCGCAUACUCCUUGCACAGCUCAGCUCUGAUGAACUGAAGCAAAUAAGUGACCAAAAACUUGAACAAGGAUACGUGAAGUUUCCACUUCUUUGACACGUUGGUUGGGCCUCGAAUUCCCUGGUGAUUCUGGCGAUAUCUGCCGUACUGAUCGUAAUUCUUGACAUCGGUCAGCAAUUGACAAUUGUGAUGCUAUUUGGGCCUCUUCUUCUUCUUCUUAUUGGGUUUUCCUAUUAGUAUUCUCAAUGAACUAGAUCGAUGUCAAGCUCUUCUACAACAAGCAAUUUUAGGAUUAUCUAAGCAAGCAGAAAUUGUACACAGAGAAGUUGAAAAGGGUUCGUUCAUCUCCAGAUGAAUGACAGGCGGCCAUCCAUGUCCUCCUAAAGGAAGAUUCAAUGGAUGGCUCGUUCAUAGAGAUACAUCUGAAGCGAAAUAUCAGACUGAGUUUCAUUGAUCUCUCUGAUUAGUCCCCACAUCUUGUUUUCAAUUUCCA